AUGUUAUCAAGGACAUUAUUAAAAUCGAUUAGAUCAUCAUCAUCGACUACUACUUUUAAAGUUACUUCAAGUUCAUAUGCUGGAGCAAGAUCUUCACAAAGUGCUAGUAACCAACAACUCCUCUUGUCUCGAUCAACUAUCAAUAAUCAACAUCAACAACUAUUUAGAUUUUCAACUGUUACUCCUUCUUCUACUUCUACUUCUUCUUCUUCUUCUUCCUCUUCACCAUCAACUUUUGUAGUUGAUACUAAUAAUAAUAAUAAUAACAAUAGCAAUAAUGAUACUAAUAACAACAACAACAACAAUGGACAAGAUGAAUAUUAUGAAAAGAUAUACGAUGAUGUAAAUCAACUAAAGUAUAGAAUGUUUUCAAUGUUGGGAUUCAUUCAAAUCGGUGUAUUAGUGGGUGGUAUAGAUUUAUAUGCCCAAACAUCUGAUCAUUCGACGAUUCAAAAUAUAUUGGUAAUGGGAAUUGGACCAUUAAGAAAUAAUCUAAACAAUAUUGCACAGAUGUUUAUUAGCAAAGGACGUGUCAUUCGUGUGGUCUCCUACUCUACAUGGGGCAGUCCAACUGCCGUACGUGAAUUUACGAUCAACAAAUUGGUUCCUGGCAAAAACAAACAUAUCACAAGCAUGGACAGACAAGACAAGGCCUUUUACUUGAAAUUGUCAUCACAAGUCACUCAUCUCAUUGGUUCAAUGAAUGGUAAUAUCAUCAAUCCAAAUGCACUUUCAAAAAUACUUUUUGCCAAAUAA